AUGAGUUCUAAUCCAUAUGCUAAAUUUAAAUAUCCAAAAUGUAUCUAUUGUAAGAAUCCAAAAACCGGUGGAUAUGGGACUGUAUAUAAAGCUAAAUGGAAGAGUGGUCCUAUUGAAUAUUAUGAAGAUGAUGAUCAAGAAUGGUACAGGUCAGGAGAGAUCGAUAUUGUUCUUAAAAGUAUAAAAAAUUCAAAGGAUAUAACUGAUGAAUUUUUUGAAGAGAUUAAACUUCAAAUGACCUCAUUUGUAGAAUUUGGUUAUAUUAUCAGAUGUUAUGGAAUAACUAAAUGCCCAAGGUCUGAUAAUUACAUGAUGAUUAUGGAUUAUAAAAAAGAUGGUAGCCUUCGAAACUAUUUAGAUAAAAACUUUAAACUUAUAAAGUGGAAACAAAAACUAGAUCUUUUAUACACAGCUGUUAAAGAACUUGUACUUCAAAUUGUCAGCGAAGGACUUCGUCCAGGUAUUAAUGAAGACAUAACACCACUAGCCAUUAUUGACUUGAUCAAACGUUGCUGGAGUGAAAAUCCCGAAAAUCGACCAGUUGCUUUUGAAUUGGUCAAUAUACUUUGUAGAUUUAGACAAAAAGAAAGUGAAAUAUGGACUGAAAUUGAUGCUAUUGAAAAAAAUAUAGAUUUUAGCAUACUUCCAACGGAAGCUUCUCUAAUUUACAAAACAUCUAAACAAGCAAUCUAUACUAGUAGACUUAUUACCCUUCCACCAGUACCAG